UCAGGCGUCAGGCCCCGCAGGGGCAGGAGAUCCUGAUGUAGAUCUUUAGUCCCUCCUGGUGGCUGGUGUAGCUGUUCUUCAUUCACCCUUUCUUGCCUGGUAGGGUGGGGGCGCCAUUUUGUGGCGCCAAAAUGCCUUGGGCCGGCCCUGCUGUCUGGCAUUCAUAACCUGCACUGAACCCUAGAGGUGUGGUUGGUGAGGGAAAAAACUCUGUAUGUGUGUCAGAGAUGAGCCGGCUUCGUAACCCUCGAAGCCCUGACAGCCCUGGCCGCGACCGGCAGCGUCUGUUACUGGCAGGGAAGGGUUGUUGUUUUUUCCCCGUCGCCUCAGCCGCCCUUCUCGCUGCCUCACACACCGGGCGGGCCGGUCCCAGAAGAGACCGCUGGGCGGAGCCAGCCCUGCAGGAGAGCAACAGGCCGGGCCGGCGGCCACUGAAGCCCGGACUGGCGGAGGAGCAGGAGGCGGCAGCAGCAUGGAGAACAGCCCGCGGGUUUUCGACAAGCCCAAGGUAGAACUUCAUGUCCACCUAGAUGGAGCCAUUAAACCAGAAACCAUUUUAUACUUUGGCAAGAAAAGGGGAAAACAGCUUCCUGCAGAUACAGUAGAAGGCCUUCUGCAAUAUGUUAGCUACAGCGAACCUAUCAGUCUCACAGAGUUCCUAGAAAAAUUUUCUGUCUACAUGCCAGCAAUUGCGGGGGACCGUGAGGCUGUGGAAAGAAUUGCUUAUGAAUUUGUAGAAAUGAAAGCAAAGGAAGGUGUAAUCUAUGUUGAAGCCCGGUACAGCCCUCACCUCUUAGCCAACUGCAAAGUGCAUCCUAUCCCUUGGAACCAAGAAGAGGGAGACCUAACUCCAGAUGAAGUGGUUAGCCUUGUUAAUCGGGGGUUAAAAGCUGGAGAGAAGGCUUUCAACAUCAAAGCCAGGUCUAUUCUAUGCUGCAUGCGUCACAUGCCAAGCUGGUCACUGGAAGUGGUGGAACUGUGUAAGAAGUAUAAGAAUGAUACAGUGGUUGCUAUAGACUUAGCUGGCGAUGAGUUGAUAAAUGCUGAGACCUGCCCAGAUCAUCGGAAGGCUUAUGAGGAAGCUGAAAGAUAUGGCAUUCAUCGAACUGUUCAUGCUGGUGAGGUUGGGCCACCCAAGGUUGUCAAGGAGGCAGUCAACAUCCUAAAGGCAGAGCGAAUUGGCCAUGGCUACCAUGUCUUGGAAGAUGAAAGUCUAUAUAAACGGCUGUUGAAAGAAAAUAUGCAUUUUGAGAUCUGCCCUUGGUCUAGUCACCUCACUAGUGCAUGCCAAACCAGCUUCAGUAAGCAUCCAUUAAUAAGGUUUAUGAAAGAUGAAGCAAAUUAUUCCUUGAACACGGAUGAUCCACUCAUUUUCAACUCCACAGUUAACACGGAUUACAAAAUAGCUCGUGAUUGCAUGGGCUUCACUGAGGAAGAAUUCAAGAGGCUGAACAUAAAUGCUGCCAAGUCUAGCUUCUUGCCAGAGAAAGAAAAAAAGGAGCUUCUCUACAAGCUGUAUGAAGCCUAUGGGAUGGUACAAAGCACAGAGUUCUGAUCCAUAUGAUGCCGUCUACUCGUGACCUCUUUUCCUGACAACUUCAUGGUAGUCAGAGACCUCCAUUUUGUUUCUUUGAAGACAAUGCACAAACUUAGUACUGUGUUACUAUCUUGUUUACUAUUACCAUCCACAGAGUGGGGGCAUACAGUAUAUAUAAAGAACAGUAUUCCUACAAGGUUUGUGUUAUAUUUGCCUAGAGCACCCAGAUCCCAUAAAUAAGAUGGGUGCUAUGAGUUUACAUGUUUGGUGUUUUUUUUAGGCUAAAGAUAAUAAUCUUUUCAGAGACUGGAAAGUUUGGAGGAGGGGUUGCUUCUUGUAAUGGCUGAAUUUACCUCUGUUUACCAAAGUAGAAGCAGGUUUUAGAGACUGGAUUAUUUCAAGAACCUAGUUGACCAGAAGCGACAAAGAGACAAAAGAAUGUGUAUAUACAAUGGGGAAGCAAAGCAUCUCGCAAACCAUUUCCCUCUCUCUCUUGAAAGCUAUAACUUAUCUCUGGCCUUACUGAGAUUUCUCUGUAAUUUGUCUUCUGUAUGCCCAUACACUUGAAACAGAGAGAAUCACAACUGAGUUUUUUCAGAUGUUUAACAUCUUUUAGUGGGGAAUCUCUGAUAGAAAUGAGUGAUUCACUGGUUGUCUGAUUGUUUGACACAGUCCUAGGCUGGGUUUAUUCCUUUCUUGAUUCUGCUUGGCCUUAAUACCAACUUAAUACUUAUUUAAAUGUCAUCAAAUUCUUUGGAGCUAAUACUUAAAGAAUAGUGGUUCUGAUCCAAGGAUUGUUGCACCUGGAAGAUAACAGUUCCUACCUGUAUUUCAAGAAUGCUGGGAGCGUGCAUCACUAUCCAGAAGAGAGUGUCAAUGGUGGUCACCUUGAACGACUCUUCUGAGUCACAUGCAUCUGAUCUGUUCAUAUUGGUCCCAAUAUAGCAAGAGAUCGCUGCCGAAUUGGGGCAAAUUACUGUAGUCCAGAUUCAGCAUCUUGCCUUUCCCCAAAUCAGAUUUGUCCAAGAUGUCUUAAGCUGUGUAUGUUCAAAGAACAACACAGCACUUUAAAAAGGAUUGAUUUGCAAAAGAAGCAAGCUCCUUUAUUCCAGUACACUUGCUUUGUCUGCUGCCUACGCUAUUGGAACUGCUGCCCUUUUUUACUAGCAUUUUUGACUAAGCUCUGUUUUAUAUAGCAUAAUGUUUUUUUCUUGUCUGUUACCAACAGUAUGGUAAAUUUAGCUAAUGGUGCUAAGUUAUCUGGUAGGUUUUCAACUGCCUGGUACACAAACCAGUUAGGCUGAAUUUCUGGAAUUGAACUUCAUGGUCUUUUGAUGCGCACACACACACACACACACACACACCGAUCCAUGGAACUGAUUUGACUUAUGCAAAUACUUUGGUUUAACCAAGUUAUGGUCAGUCUGUAAGUAAAUACCUUAAAAACCACAUGUCAGUGGUCUUUUGCAGAAAUAUAAAAUAUAGUAUCCAGAUCAAAGUAAUACUUCAUCACCAUGCCAGGAGGCCUCAUCUCGCAUACAUUUGUGGGAUUUCUUCUAGUGAUUAUAAUAUUCUAUUUUGCAUCUUUUAGAAAUACGUACUCAUUUGUUGGAGAAUCUUUUAAAAAUAUCCACAAAGUAUCUGAGCAGAUCCUUUUGUCCUUGUAUUUCAUUAUAAGGAACCUGGAAGUCUUGUACUUGCAAGGAUAAGACGAAUGUACUACAGAAUUUGUCUCCUAGACUCACAGAAAUCUUCCACUCUGGAACUUGAAACUCCCAAAUACAUGUGCUUUGAUCUGAACUUCUAUUCUUUCCGUGAACAGAACAGAGUUCAUAGAACAGGGAUUUCUUGAUUCUCCCUUCCCUUUGCAUAUCUGCUCCUAGGGACUGGGGAGCCUUGGAUGUGUUGUGAGAUACGUUGUGGGGCUGCAGAUGGAGGAAGGAGUUGGCAAUAUUUGCUCCCCUCUUACAUGAACAGAGCAGCAUUUAAAGUGGAUCUUUUAAAUUAUGUAAUUUUAUCAGAUUUCUAGAAAAGUGAACAGCAUUUGUGCACCUCUAAAGAUGCCUCAAGGUGCUUUCAGUAGUAGAGCAUGAAUAGUUUGUGCAGUGGCUCAGCAUAUGUUAAAAUACCCAGGUUUUAUUUAUUUUACCUUUGUGCUUCAUUCAUAAGGAAUAGUUGUUGAGGGCACAAACAGAUAAUCUAGCAAAAGUGCAUCUGCUGCAACCACAUGUUUAGCUCCCCUUCCAUAAUGUUUAAUAGAACUUACUGAUUUGAUCACGACACACCAUGUUUCUGCCCACUUCCAAGUGGCAGCCAACAACAUGAAGUGGCGUUGUGACAUCAGAAUGCAGUUGAGUUCUUCUAGAUGUCAUGGACAGGAGGGUGGUGCCUAAAACCUCAGUUACCAUUUUCAGUAACAGCUGUGCACUUGAUAUAAAUCUGGCUUGGUCCAUAGACACAUGUCUUCAGCCACACAAAAGUGAAUUCACACAAUCGUGUGUGUUUUCUAUCGACAGAGCAGGAUUUCUUAUCUUAGUUUAACAUUUCUGGACUGACGUACUUGUGAACAUGGCUGGCGCACAAUCUGAAUGUGUAUUAAACUGUUCACAACAAAUGGAGGCUUAUUGUAGGCUUCUACCCUGAGCUGAAAAUGAGAAUGAGGCCCUUUAUAAAACGAACAUAUCGUUAUGUUUUUUUUAAAAAAUGAAAAGAAUCUAUAUCAAGGAGCUGGACUUGCUUUAAACACUGUUUCUCUGUGAAAGGAAAGCUCUUCACAGAGCCCUUUGUCUGUUCGAGCUUAUCACCAAGUAGCUCUUGACAUUGCUGGGACUAGUGGUCCUUUUUUGUCUUAAGUGUGGCUGUGAAGUGUUAGUUUUGUAGGACAUAGGAAUGACACACAUCUUUGCUUUCAUCACAAUGCAAGCAGGGCUUAUUCCCAUCAGAGAUAACAGGUGGUACAGGCGAACCUAAGUCUGCAUGACCCAGAGCCUGUCUAUCACUGUAUUUCUGAUGCUGUACUACUAAUUCUUCUAUAUAAUAGUGAUAUAGGCUUAGGUUUACAAUGUUUUUAAAAGUUCAUAAACACAGCUGAGGAAAUCAUACAAUGCCAUAUUUCGGUGGUUAUAUAGGCUGGUAUUACAAAGCUUCAGACACCAAAAAUAUGCCUCUGAUGAAUGGCUUUGAUGUCACUGGGUCGCAUGUGAAAAAGAGACUGAGCCUUGCAUAGCGCUUGUCUCCAAAAAUAAGUUCUGAAUGUAAACUAUAAUGUCUUAUGUAUAACCAGGAAUAUAUAUAUAGGAAUUAUUUUGUUAUUUUUAUAAUGUGAAUGAAAAGUUAUCCUUAUAAAUUUUUCUUAUGUUGUUCACAUCCUGAAGAACAAAGGAGAAUUUUUAUUUUGGUUUAAUGAAAUAAAUUCCAUUUUAACUAUA